CGUUCAAAAAUCAAAUAUUGUCCGUUCUCGCGAGCCGCGUCGAGUUGGAUAGUCCAACUUUGCCAGCUCGACACUGCUGACGUUCGAGCGCAUAUAUUUGCUCGCGAGAGCUCUUUGAAACUCGCAUCAAGUAUUAAGUACAAGCGUUAACGAGUCGUCGUCGAUCCGUAUAUCCCUUUGUCUCUGUCUCUCUUUCUCGAGAAAGGCGAGGCUGGCCGGGACAGCACUCGCGCGUUUUUCGUCGCAAUCCCCCCAAUUACUCUUUCCCUCCUUCUAUUUAUCUCUCUUAUAUACGUGCGCAGCCCUCUUCUCUUCCUUCGGCGCUUCGUCUCUCCAUCCCCCUUUCCGCGUGCGGUUCUAUAUAUAGAAAAGAAGGAAAGGAAUCGCAUGAGCGCGCGAUUUACGGCUCUAUCCUUCGAUCAACUUAUUUCUCUCUCUCUCUCUCUCUCUCUCUUUUCCGCGGAUUAUUUCAACAAUGGCCCGACUUAUUGUUUGACUUUUUCUCGGCGCCGCCACGAAAAUGGAUUGGAAAAGUGUAUUGGAGUAGGAGUGUCCGUCGUAUAGAGAUGAAUAGAGACUUCCUCGUGAUUGCGACACUUUUACGAGCGAGAUCAGAGAUGAUUAAAUAAAUAAUCCUCGUACUAAGACGGGCUUCUUUUACUCGAAGCUAUAUACGCGAUGUGAUUCUUCGCUAAUUGCUCGCGAUUGUACAGCCGCGCGACACUGUUAAUCGCUGGAUUGAAGCCGCGGCUGCCGCCGGGCUGACUUGACCCAGGCUUGUACUACUUGCUUUCUCUACUCCCCCCUGUCUUUCACCGCGCUGUUCGCGGUAGCGGCUGGCGCUGUGGCUUUCGAGCUAUUCCCGCGAAACUGAAUUUAACGAUAACAAACAAACUGUUUGCUCACAUUCUGUCUCAAUUACCGGUCGAUGGGAAAACGAGCUCGGCUAAGCGGAUGAAUUCGUUUACGUUCGUUUGUACUCGUUAGAUAAGGAGAAUGAAAAAUAAAAGGCGAACGCGUGCACUAUUAAUCAAGCUGGUCUAAUAAUAAAUCGCCAGCUCGUAGCUCUCUCCGGUGCAUUAUGAGAUUAAAAUAGCCCCGGAGGAAUUUUUAAACGAGCCGAGAAAGGGGAUGUUUACCCUUGCGAAGCUCUCUCGGCUGAGUACAACGCGGCUCCAUCACCGUCUUUAAUAACUACGCUACGUAAGAAUAUCAUUGUUUCGAGGCGAAUAAUCAACAGUGGUACGUAUUCCCGCAUGUAUAAUGGAGAGCGAGCAGCUUCCGCCUGCGUUACCUCGCCUCGUCUUCCGUCGACCGGGCGUUACGCGUUGCGUUAAUUAGCGAGUUGCGCCUCGAAAACACACGCCCGUGAAAAACAAGUCGAUCGAUUCCAACAUACGCGUGUACAUGCGAGAGCGUUGCCGUAACGUCAACGUUUUCCUGCGGUAAAAAAAGACACGUGUGCCCGGCCAAACUCGACCCGUAUCUACUUAGUCCCGCGGCCGCGUCUAGGGCUACUUUUCCCUUUGAUCCCUUUGCGUAUUUAAAAUUAAUUUAGCGAAAACACGGCGUGUCUCAAAGGAACUUUUUCAGCCGCAAAAAAAAAUUGCACUUACACACACCCACACUCGAGUGGUAGAAAAUUCGAAAAAGCGAGCAGAGAGAGAGAGAGAGAGACAGAGAGAAAGAGAUAAAACCAAGAGGGUACAUGCCCGGCCCCCCACGUAAAAACAUACCAUCCCUCUCUCUCUCUCUCUCUCAAGUCGUCCGGGGGUUAAGAUCCGCAUCGCGCUGGUGGUGCGCGCGCGCCGCCGAAUCAAGCCGAGUCCGUCCGAGCUCCUCCUGCGCGUAUACACGGGAUCAGCAGCAUCAGUGCAGCAGUGCGCGUGCCGAGAGCAGCAGCUCGCGCUCGAAAAACCUCCUCUCUCUCUCGGCCUUAUCUCUCGCGUGGGAGCUAUUAUCUCCUUCCUCGGCUCUCCUGCGAAAAGGAUACUCACAACAUAUUGUAUACAAGGACGUCGCUUAUGCUUACUAAGGCUCGCGCGAGACGAGCCGAGUAGUGAAGGUUGCAGCGAAGAAAGUGAGAGUACAUACCGAGUGUGCUGGUGGUCCAGAGAGUGCGUGGGAAUAGAGCGUGGUGUCACUCUGCUGCUGCUGCUGCUGCUGCAGCGGCGGCCGCUGCACACGACCCCCCGGGCAAAUUCUCUCUCCGGAGCUGCGCAAGCUCGCAUAGAGGAGGAGGAGGAGGAGGAGGAGGAGGAGUAAGAGAGAGCUGCCGUCGACCACUGCCAGUCUGAUAUGCGCCAUCCGCCGACAGACGAUUAUGAGGGAAGCAGCUGAUGCCGGGGCGCGGGCAGGCCGCGGGCUCGGGUAUCUAACCUCGAUGCCACUGCUGCGUCUGCUGCUGGUGCUCCUGGCGCUGGGCCGACGCGAGACGCGAGCUCUGAGCUGCGGGCUUGCCGAGCUCGCCUGUAAGGCCGGCCACUGCGUGCCCGUGGACGCCUACUGCAACGGCAUCGACGACUGCGGCGACGGCAGCGACGAGCCCGCUCUCUGCACACCCUGCAACCGCACCUAUCACGGCCGCGAGGGCCGCACCUACCGCCUGGACUUGCCGCGGCCGGCCGAGGGUCGGCUGCCGUUCCUCUGCCACUUGACCUUCACAGCCGGCGGCCAGGGCUAUGGGGAGCUUGUUCAGCUGCUUUGGGACGCCUUUAGUAUCGGUCGACUCGAGCCAGAGUCAGAGGACGUCAGCGCGAGCUGUCCCGAAGGCUCAAUGCAGCUGGCUGAGCUGGGAAGGCCGUUCACGGGCGGCUCGUGGUGUGGACCAGGAGAGGGCCGGGCGAGUUACUACAGCGAGACGAGCACAGUGACCGCCUCGAUUCGGCUCUUCAGCGCGCCUCCCUCGGUGCCCUUCGAGUUCCGGCUGCGCUACCGCUUCGUCUCGAGGCUGGAGGCCCGAGCGAGGCUGGGCAGCCCCGAGGCGCCGCUCGAGCGGGGCUCGCCCGUGCCCGGCACCUACUGCUCGCGCAACUUCUACGAGUGCUACCAGAAGACUUGCCGCGUGCAGAGCCCGAACUACCCGGGCGAGUAUCCGCGCAACGCCAGCUGCCUCAUAACGCUGCGGCAGAAGGAGGUGCCCACCUGCAAGCACGCGAUGAUGUCGGUCAAGUCGAGCUCGGCCGGCGGAGCCGUGAGUCCGAGCAACGCCAGCCUCAGCGUCUGGCAGGACUGUCCGCAGGAGAAGGACAGGCUGGUGCUGCGGGACGGCUCCCGACUGGAGGACCCGAUCCUCCUGAUCUACUGCGGCGGGCCGCUGCCGAGGAUCACGGCCAGGGGACCGGCCAUGCUCGUGGAGUUCCGCAGCUCGCCGAUCGCCGUGCCUCUGGGCGCCUCCUCGCUGAGACUCGAGCUGGAGACCCAGGUGGUGUACGUGGACUCGGACGGGCUGGACUACGCGCAGACGCCGCAGGGCUGCUACUUUUUAAUCAACGGCACGCUCAAGCGCAGCGGCGUGCUGAGGGCGCCUUUGCACGCACUGCCGCCCGGCACCAACUGCACCUGGAGCGUCAAGGGCUCCGUGGGAGACCGCAUCUGGCUCUACUUCGCCUCCUACUCUCAGCGCGAUCUCCGUGGCAUCAACGAGAACAGCAACGUCUCGGUCCUCCAGCAGCCUCCGCACUUCCAGCAGCAAUCCCAUUCACAGCAGAUGGACUAUUCGGUGCCUUGCGCGGUCAAGCUGACCCUUUGGGAUGGCGCUCCAGCCACGGGUCUGCCUUUAGCGGUGCUCUGCGACGAGACGCCCCGUUUAUGCGCCCACGCCGCCCUCAGGAAUUCGACGCGCACCACCAGGCCUUGUACCGCCGACGAGAGCUACCUCACCGUCGCCCCCAGUCUCACCAUUCGAAUGGAGGCGUUACUCGGCACUGCCCUUAAUACCGUCAACUUUCACGCCCGCUACGAGUUCGUGUCGACGGUGCAGGGCGGCGAGCAGUGGGGCGACUCGGGUGCUUGCUCGCGCAUUUGGCGCCGCGUCAAGACUGGCGUACUGAGCUCACCCCGGGACGUGCGACUCUUCGGCCGGGGCGGUGCUCGGCUCCUCGACUGUCGUUACCGCAUCGAGGCGGCCGCCGGUGAGAGGGUUAAGCUAACCGUGCACAACGUCAGCCUCGGCGAAGCGACGAGCUGCGGUAGCGAGCCCGAUCCGCAUUCUGGACGGCCCAGGUGUAUCCACGAGCCCGGAAGUAGAGUGGCCAGGUUGACGGUGUUCGAGGCGCCUUGGAAAGAUGUCAGGCUUUCGAGGGCGUGUCUGUGCGACAACACUUCUUCGUUGCUUCCGCUGACGCACAUUACCUCCGGGAGAGCCAUCGAGAUCACGUUCUACGUGGAUAGGAUGACGCCGGACGAGGACUUCGAGAGCUUGUUCUUCAACGCGACCUUCGAGCUGGUCAGAGCGCCGGAGUGUCCCAGAAAGCAGAGGGUCCGUGGCGAAGGUGGCGAGUUACGAUUCGUCUCGCCCCCGCUCUCCCGACCGGACAUCUACUGCGAGGGGCUGCCUUGGCUGGUCGAAGCUCGUGACAAUCGUUCGCUCUUCAUGCUGACUUGGGGCUGGGCCUUGCCGCUGGAACCAGCUCCGGUGACGGAGCCGGCAGAAGUCGUCAAGUGUCCAACUUCGAACAGACUACUCCUCUACUCGGGCUGGCCACCUCGACUCAACAAAGUCCUCUGUCCGGCCAAUCCGGGAACUCCGAACACCGCCUUCCACAUCUUCUCCGAGGAAUGGCUCGGCAGCGACGAUCGAGGACUCGGCUUCCCGGGUCCGCCGCGCUCUCCAGCCCUCCUCCUAGAUUUUGUGGCCCGCGAGCCGGGCGAAGCAGCAGCUUCCUGGUUGGAGAUCUCGAAGAGUCGCGAAGCUCUGCGCAGUCAACUGCGGUUGCAGCCGGAGCUUCCGGAGAACGGCAGCCUAAGCCGCGACUGUCCCUACAAGUGUCCGGAGAUCAAGGCCUGCAUCGCCGCCAGUCUCUGGUGUGACGGUCGUGUCCACUGCCCCUCGGGACACGACGAGUCCGAUUGCGGCAGCGGCGCCAGACUCCUCGGCCUCCUGCCCUCGGCUAUGUGGCUCGUCCUUGCCGCUGGCACUGGUAUCGUCACUGCCUUUGCUUGUUUGCUCGCUACCCUCGUCAGCAGGUCGAAGGCCCGAGCGAAGCGGCUGGCGUACAGCGGCACGACGUCGAAGAAGCCUCGGCGAGCUCCGACAGAAGAAACCCUGCUUGGCGCAGCCUCCUGACAGCAGCCUCCCGGCUUCGUGGAGUACAUCCACGUCGACCGGGAGACUACCGUCUAGCAGCAAACCCCAACGAGCGCUGCCAUAACCACUGCUCCAACUACACCGACAACUGCCGUUGCUGUGAUUCCGAGCUGCAGCAGUUCUGCUGGCGAGAUAGCGCCGCGUCGUCCUACUGCGGAUGAUCGCCGUCCAGUAAUCGUUAUACCAACGGUCAAGGUCGUGUUCCGCUGCGUUGCCGUCUCCUACGUCGAGCGGGACAACGAGAUCCACGACGUGCAGGUCCUGCCAGUCGACGAGUCCGAGGAGUCCGAAGUUUAGUGCUUUACACUCCGAUCGUCACGAUGACGAUAUCUAAAUAUACAAAUUUAACGAUGUUAACAGUUAUAUUGGAAAGACAGAUCUCGUGUAUACAAUGUACUCACGUACACUGCACGCACAGUGCGGACGACGUCACAAGAGACUCGAGAGCGGCAGGUAGGACAGGUUCUAUUCACUAUGUCAAAGUCACAGAGACACGCACACACACACACACACACACCUUAACUAUGAUAAAUAUAUAUAAUAGACACGUAGUGCGUGAUAAUCUUUAAUGAGUGUGCAGGUGUGCGCUGUAAAGAAUUAUAGUCUUGUUAUGCGGGCAAUUUUUUACAGCGUAUACGCGACGGUACGAAGAAUCGUAAAGCGACAGGCUAAUUAUUCGAGGAUUUUUAUAACGAGCGGGAGGUUUUUUGUGUUCAUGCGUUAUACUAAUAGACGCGGCUCUGGCUGUCGUUCUAUACAUAUUCUUUAGUGUGACAAGUUAAUUUUACGACUUAUGUGAUAAGAAGAUAGUAUUAUUACGGCUAGACGCUAUACAUAAAUUAGGUACUUAUUAGCAAUAAUCGUUGAUUAUAAAUGAGGUAGAUUUUACUUUUCGUUGUGUUUUUACAAUUUUAUCUAAAAAAGAAACUCGUGCCAAUUUUUUCAUCUAGGUAUAUACAAACUAAACGAAGUCAGAAUCACUGUCGCUUUAUCUUUCGUCGCCCCCCAUAAGUAUAAGUAGAGGGUUUUACAAAACUUUGUACAAAAGCACUGUAUUGUUCCCCGUGUGCACAGACUUUUAUAUUUUCCAGCGACAUGAGUAGAAAAUAUCGUUCUUUCGUUGAGCGGACGAAGAAUGGGCGAGAGCGAUGUGGACGUUUGCAAAGUGUAUAUUCGAGUCACGGUUAUAUGAAGAAAAACUGAAUAAAAAAGAAACCAAAGAAACAAUCAAACGGAAGCCGAGGAAAGUAUAGAGAGAAAUUUAAAGAACGGCAUAACGGCGGAGAGGAUACGCGUUGGUCUUGGCUGUGAACAAACACAAACAUAAAAAAAAAAUAUAAACACAAACAAAUAACGAUGAAAAAAACUUAAAACGGGUUGAAGCUCCUCUUCUAAGCGUUCAGUAGACACAUCCAGUCCUUUUUUUUUCGUUAUAGGUAUUGUGUUCUGUCCCGGCUGCAUCGCGGUCGUACGCACAGGUUUAUCCUUUUUGAGAUAAAGAAAACUGUACACGAUAGAUCUAACGAAGAAAUCUUCUAAAAGUAUAAUUAAUAUAAUAGUGUGUAAAAUAGGGGUUAUACGCGGGACGGAAGAAUUAUCGUCGAUCGAGUUUUAAAUUUCCUUUGUCGGAGUAUUCCACCUGUUUGUGUGGUCAUAGGUGAUCGUCAUCAUUAACUGCCGACUUCCACGCGAGACUAUACCUCGACAACCACAAACAAGUGGAAUCCUCGUAUUAAACUAAGUUCGAUACUUUGAUCUGUCAUUGCCUUGUUUGACGUGUACACUUGAAAUUAACCAAAAAGUAAAUCCCGCCUAGUGUACGCCUUAUACAUUAUAAACUUAAAGUCUACCAUUCCAUUAUUACCUACACAAUUAACAAAAGAUAAAGAAAACUUGCUCGUCUAUACAAAAUAUUGAAUAUAUAGUUAUACAGUAACUCGAUUUCAUUUGAACGAUUCAAUAUGACAUAGAGCGAGAGACGCAUAAUCCAUUGACCCUAGCCCGAGUGUCAAUGCCUUAACAUAAUAUACAUAAAAUAAAAAUAAAAAUAAAACGAGUGUAAGUGGACGUGUGCCAAUCGACGACUGCCGCUUUAAAGAUUGCUCCUCAUCAAACUUUUUUUUAUGCCGCCGAGACGAGUUAUAAAAACGACAUCGUCGAAUCCAAACGAGUAUAGUAGCGUGUAAGCGAUAGACUCAUUCCUCGCGACUCUAAUAUCAAGAGGCAGCAGGCUCAGAGAUAAAAAUAUGGUAUCCAAAUUAACCACGAACUUCACACAUUAAACUAAAACCGAUCUUUCGGUUUUUCGCUCCUAUCAUCCACAUGUCUACUUAUUUGUGGAUGGAGAAGCUAUGAACCGGAUUUUCGCUCAUUAUUAUAAAUACUUAAUCGUAAACUUUAGAAUCUAAAUGACACUUUAAACGUCGAGGUAUAAAAGAUAAACAAACAAACAAACAAACGAAAGAAAGACACUAAAUUACUUAAUCUUAAGCAUUAAAUAGGUAAUCGAGAUAGGAGAAGUCUAAAGAAAGUGCGAACAAGUACACAUCUUAUAAAAGCGUUCCAUUCCUCAUUAUAUUUUCCCGCAUAUGUAGCGCAAGAGACAGCAGACGUGCGAGUGAGAGAGAAAAUAGGCGCGAGAAUCAAAUUGCCGUGAGAAUAAAGAAAGAAAGUAAGAUGCGAGAGCGCGUGUAAAAGAAAAAUUACAUAAGUAGAUAUUAUAUUUAAUGUUUGACGAGACGACACGAGAGCGAAAGAGAGAGAGAGUCAGAUUUUCGUAGAGAUAUAUGUAGAUAUAAAUAUAUAUUCUAUUGUAUAUACAGCUCGUACGACAAAUCGCGAGUCUCGAGUCGCGAUGUGCCGAACGACUUAUACGUGAUUACCAAGAGAUUACAACAUUUUAUCGCAAUAAGGACGUUGAUAUGAGCGAGAAAAGUGGCUCCUGCGUGGGUUUGUUCCAGACGGUAUUUAUCGUAUCGUUUCGGCUUGACUUUCCGAAACAUAGGCAUACACACAUCGUACAUACACGUCGUUUCGAUGAUUUAUCCCGUCUCUACGGUGUUUGAGCGAUAAUUCACGGCUCGUGCGCGUCCUGCAGCCAUUUAAUACAUUUUCAUUGUCCACGUGUAAAUAGCAUUUCACGGUAUAUUUCACGAAUUAAACGGGCGCGGCGUUGUUUUACCAACGCAUCACGGUAUAUAUACAACACGUAUAGUAGUCGCGAAACAUCGGACGCAAAUGAUUUUAAUCAAGCGGCAGAAAACAAGCAAACAUAACAGACACAAGGAAUUGACUGAGAGCGCGGCGAUGAACUUUCACACAGAGAGAGAACGUAUAUAUAUGAGAUUUACCGACGAACUUUCUCGUUAAAUUGUCAAAGCAAUACGUGUUAUACAUGGAUUAGAGUAAUUACGUUGUAAACUCGUGACAUAAACUACAGUGUGUUCGUUGCGUUCGAUAUUUUUUAAAAAGCUCGUAUGCAUGUAUGAGGACAAGUCGUUACUUAAACGCGUCGUUUAAACAUACGCACCCACAACACACGUAUACACAGCAGGUUAACAGGAUAUAGCUCAUUUUUUAUACUCAAGAGAGCGGACGAAUUCCUUUCAUUUUGAAACGUCACAGUUUCUAAAGCCGCACGACCCGAGCUCUUUCGCUAAAAGCUCACUCUACGAAUCACUCACGUAUACGUACGAUAAGAACGAAUUGAAUACAUGUAAUAUGUAUAAUAUGUUAGUCGAUCGUUUGUAUCACAGGAUUUUUAUUUUUCAUUUAUACAUACAACGCAUAUAAGCAUUCGAGCGAGCACGGGGUUGCGAGAUACGUUGAUCAAUCUCAACCGUCGUCGCGUCUUCGAUUUAGAUAACAUAUACAAAUUUCAGUUUCGUCGACAGAAUCGCAGCCACAUUCGCGUACGUAAAUUUUUUCGCCCGUAUGGACAGAUAUACGCUCUUUCCGACCUACAACACACGGACAGAGCUGGGAGCUGCAACAUUUCGAGGGCACUCGAGUUUCAGUGCGCAGCGCGUCGCCGGGAAUGCAAAACACGUGGAGCGAUUAAAAAGGUAAAGGUGGAAAAAAGAGAGAUAGGAAGCAUACGGGAGUAAAACAUACACGAAUAUAAAUAUAAGUAAAAAAAAUGAAUAGAAAAUGAUACAAAAAAAAGCGCACCGCAGGUCACUUUGUACGAAUGCACCACUAGUGUUUCACCGCAAUCAAUUUGCCUCCACUCAACCGUAGUUUUGUAGGUAAGCAAAAGAGAGAACGAGAUACGAGCAAACAAACGGAUGGUAGAGAGAUACUUUGUAUGAGAGUACGAUGACGGGGCCUUGAAAAUUUUAGCCCGGGGAGAGCGAGAUUGCAAGAGCGCAUUUGUUUCGCAGGUAUGUUGGAAUAUGUUACGCGAUUUUAUUAUGAACUUUCGUCUAUUGUGCUCCGCCUUGCGUUUCUGUAUACAAGAGACAUAAGACACGAGAGAUGUCGAUCUCGGAUUUUUGCGCAUUUCAUUGUUACGAAAAACGCGAGCGAAUGAGUGAUGAUCAUUUGUUGUUCGAGAGAGAAAGAGGCGAUUUUAUUAUUGUUGUAUAUUACAAAUUUAUUAUCAUUGCUCAUGACAUCUUUUUAAUACUUAUUAUUUAAUAUGAUGAAUUAUAAUAAAAUCCAUACAAAUUAA